AUGUGUUCUUCACCUUCGCUAUGUACUCCAAACUUCACAUUUCCCAAUAAUUCAUCAUCUACAAAUGGGAACGUAAAUGUAAAUGCCAAGACAAGUACAAAUAAUGGCAGUGUCUCCACCACUAAUAAGAAUGAAACUACCGAUUAUUUCUUUAGUCCUAAGAUAAAGCAUUCACUACCAUCAUCACAAGUUCAACCAUCAGUUCAACCACCAGUACAUCCACAAGCUCAACAUAAAUCAUAUAAUGAUUCUAUAUCAUCACUAUCUUCAAAUUUAUCAGAUUUAACUAUAUAUGAACAUGGUCAUACUUCAACAUCAAUUAAUUCUAAAGUAAGAACAGAUUCUUCAUUAAUUUCAACAGAUACUUUAGUAGAACCUCCAAGUAUAAAUUCAAAUUCUCAUACUAAUCCAUUCUUCAAUUCUUACAAACAUAAGUAUAAUACUUCAUUGUCUGCAAAUUCAGAUCGUCUGGCACAUUUGACUGGAUCUUUUCCCAUACCUACAAUUCAUCAAAUACCGAAAGCUACAUCAGCAAUAGAAUCAAAUUUUCCCUUUAAUAGUCGUAUUCGAUCUGUAAGUGCAACAAAUCCAAUUUUCACUUUAAAAAAGCAAAUUACUUUACCAGCUUUAUCUUUAGAUACUACUAAUGAUGCUUUUGAUUCCAUAGUUAAAAAUGAACAACUAAAACGUUUGAAUUAUUUACCUACUCAAAAUUUCAAACCUCUGAUUGAAAAUUUAUUACCAACUAGAAUAAAUUAUCAUACUCUAGAAUUAAUAUCUCAACAAAUUCAAUUGGAUUCAUUAAAUAAUAAUAAUAAUAACAAUAAUACUACUGGUGGUGGUUCUAAUAAUUUAAUUGUUGAUAUUCGUCCCUUUACUGAUUUUGUUAAAUCUCAUAUAACUGGAGCUUUAAACAUAUGUCUUCCAUCAACUUUACUUAAACGAGCUAAUUUUACCCUUACAAGAUGUAUUAAUUCUUUACCAGAUUAUGAAAAAUCUCGAUUUAAUGAUUUUAUUAAUGAUCCAAAUGGUGGAGUAUUAAUAGUUUAUGAUUCUGUUAAUAAUUCAUCAAAUUUAUUUCAUUUCCUUAAUAAAUUUGUUACUAGUCCUACAUUUAUUGCUAAUAUUAAAGAUAAUGUAUAUUUAUUAGAUUCAAAUUUUAAUCAAUUUCAAAUUAAUUAUCCUGAAUUAAUUGAAUCUGGAUCAGAAUUAUCAACAGUAAAUUCACCUCCUUCAAAUUUAAAUAAUUAUUUACCACCAAUUAUUGUUACUGAAAGAUCAAGAUCUCAAUCUUUAGCUGAAUUUUCUUCUUAUCAUCGAUCAUCAGGUAUAACUCCAACUAAUGAAUAUCUGAAUAGUACUACUUUAUCAACUCCAAAUCCUUAUAAUUCUUCAAUUACUGCUAGUACUCCUAUUUUAGCUACUAAUUUUUCAUUACCUAAGCUUAAAACUAAUUUUAAAAUUAGACAUAAUGAAGAAUUACUUUCAAGUACUGAUAGUUAUAAUUUAAGUGAUCGGGGAAGUGGGAAUGGUAAUAAUAAUAAUCCAUUUGAAGUGUCUAAAACUCUUCAAACCAAUCAUAAUAAUCUUUUUAAAUUAUCAAAUAUUCCUAGUGAUAAAUCUAAAUUACCCGAUUGGUUAAAAACCAGUGUUUUAGAUGAAAAUAUGAUUGAAUCUACUAGGAAAAUAAAUGAAGAUUUCUCAAGUUUAGAAAGAUUUGAACAAAGAAGAUUACUUCAUGCUUUAUCAUUAAAUAAACCAUUAUCUUCUACAUCAUCAAGUUCUACUAAAAGUACAAUUGGACCUAAUGAUUUAGGUUUAAGUCCAUUAGAUGAGCAAGAUGAUAUUCCUCCAACUAUUAGUUGUGGAAUUGAAUAUGGUCAUAAGAAUAGAUAUAAGGAUAUAUUCUUAUAUGAACAUUCAAGAGUUAAAUUAAAGGCUAGUCAAAGUCCAUGUAUUGAAGAUUAUAUUAAUGCUUCAUAUUUAAAUCCUCUUGGUAAUAUUGAUGAAGCAUUAUCAAUUUCAUCAUCAUCACCAACUAAAGAAUCAUUGAGUGAAUUAGAUUUAACACAAUUAAAAUAUAUUGCAACUCAAGGACCUCUUGAAGAAACAAUGGGAGAUUUUUGGAAAUGUAUUAUUAAUCAAAAUGUUCCAUUAAUUCUUUCACUUACUGAUGAAGUUGAAAAUGGGUUAUUAAAGUGUUCACCAUUUUGGAAAAGUGGAGUAUAUAUUAGUGAUAAAGAUACAAUUAAUGUUAAACUUGAAGAAGAAUUUACAUUUCUGUCAUAUCUUAUAAUUAGAAGUUUUCAAAUUUCCAUGAAUACUAAUAAAGAUGAAACAAGACAUCAUUAUGUUUUACAAGUUCAUGUUUUAAAUUGGCCAGAUAUGGGGACAAUGCUUGCACCACUUGAUUUAAUUCAAGUAAUUAAAUUAAAGCAUUAUGUAUUAUCAUCAAUAAAUUUAACAAGAGUAUCAUAUCCUACAGCAAUUCAUUGUUCAGCAGGAUGUGGUAGAACAGGUACACUUUGUACAAUAGAUACAAUGAUUAAACUUUUAAAUAUUAAUAAUGAUGGUUAUAAUUUAAAGUAUGAUCCAGUUUAUGCAAUAGUUAAUAAUUUCCGUAAACAAAGAAUAUCAAUGGUACAAAAUUUAAGACAAUAUUAUUUAAUUUAUGAAGUAUUAUUAAAUUUCGUAUCAGAAGAAGAUAUUAAUCAAAUUAAUUUAAGAAAUGAAUUAAUUCAUUUACCAAUUAUAUCAGAUUUUAUUAGAGAAUUUAAUAAUUCUCAAUUAAUUCAAUAA